AUGGCCGGUGGCAAAAAAAAUCACGCCACCGCCGACGGCAGGGACCGGCUGAGCAACUUGCCGGACUGCCUCAUCCACGCCAUCCUCUCUCGGCUCGACUACCGGCAGGCCGUGCAGACAUGUGUUCUGGCGCGGAGGUGGCCACGCCUCUGGUGCGGCGCCAUCACCUGCAUCAACAUCGACAGUGCCAAUUUCUCGACCCACGAAGGUGGUCACCGGGUCUCUCCGGGCGCCAAGGAGGAGGCGCUCGCCAGGCUGGAGGAUUUCGCCGACAAUCUCCUGCUCCGUCGUGGCCUGGAGCCGCCGUUGGACGCCCUGCUGCUGCGCGUCCACGGCGCAGGUCUACGCGGGGACAUCAAUGUGGGCAGGUGGGUUCGCCGCGGCCUGAAGAUGUCACCGGCGGCGCUAGACGUAUCCGGGGGCGACGGCCAGCCGAUCAACCUGGAUUUCCUCUCCUCCUCGGUCUCUGUCUCCGGCGGCGGUGCAGGCCGCCUCACAAGGCUUCGUCUCGAUAACGUGCUCCUUCACUAUGACUUUGAGGAUCUCCUUGGCUCGGGCGGCCUCCCCGUCCUGCAAGACCUACAGAUCAUUAACGCCGUCAUCGUGUCCGGCAUCUGGCGGAUCGCGUCUGACACGCUCACUAGCCUCGCCGUCGUGGACGCGUCCUGCCGCCGUCACAGUAGAUGCAGCGUCGACAUCGUUGCGCCUCACCUCACGUCGCUGAGGCUGGACUUCCCGCAGGGUCGCCUCUCCAGCGUUCAAUUCAACAUAAUAGUCGAUGGUCGAGCUUCUCUCGUUGAUGCAUCCGUCCGCCUACUCGAGGACGACGGUGAUGAUCCUGACGAUAAUAUAAGUGAUCUGUGCUUUCUCCUCAAGUCCCUGUCCAGUGUGACUAGCUUGCACCUAUCAGGCUUUCAACAAACGAAGCAGAUGCUGUUGCAGGAGGUGCUGGAUCACGUGGCAUGCUCAUGGACCUCUGUGUUAUCUUUUCCUAACCUCACAAGCUUGGUCCUUGAAGAUUGUGAGCUUGGUGACGACACGCAAACACUCUGGAGUUUUCUGCACACCACUCCUGCCAUCAGCAGACUUUUUCUCAAUAGCUGCAAGUGGCGAAGAACUAGAAGCGAUCAGAAAGAAGAUUUGGAGAUUGAGGAACUCGUCCCCAACCUCAAGUUGUUGCGAGCCAUAGGUGGAGACGGCAAGAAGGACCAUACAUUCUCGCCAUUGAUCGAGGCCGCCACACUGUUGAGAGGCGGAGAAAGCUCCCCGAGAGCACGAAGGUCACACAUGACGGUUUUCCCGGAGCAGGAACUAACACCAAGAACACCUCCGCACGCAAACCCAAAUACAACAUCGUCGACCGCCUUCAUGACCACCCACCAAGACGCAAGCUUUAGCACUGAAGUCGUCGAAUGA